AUGUCCCCUGCAGGCGAGACUGGCACUUUGUCUACACCUCCACGCGCCAAUGCACCAGCUUCAGGUGCUAGCAAAAUAGAAUCCACACCAAACAGCCGUGGGGCUUCCGUCGUCAGCGAGCACAUCGGCGUGCUCGGUGUCAAGGUCAAGAAAAUCCGCCCAUGGAUUCAACGCGAUAUUGAGCAGGUUAAGGAGUGCAAGGCAGAUGCCAUGCUGCAAGCCCUCCUGCAGCGCGCUUCUUCCGCUCCCGAGACCGAACAGCCCGAGCUUUUGCAAAAGUGCUUCAAUGCAGUUCUGCCGGUUUGCAAUGGACAGGCCUCCACUGCGUUGGUAAAGUCUUCUGAUAUUGAGACAGCCCUCAGCGAAUACGUACUUCCAGGAGUAGAAAACAACUUCUACGGCCCUUUCGUAAAAGCUACCAACAUUGCUCUCGCUUGUCUUGAGGAGAUCAAGGUCGACGGGAUGCGUGUUCCUGUCCCCACGGUGGACAUGAUCUGCCAGCAGAACGACAUGCCCAUGCACCAAACCCACCAGACCGUGACAUCAACUCGGAAGCCCGACCUCGUGAUUCUUCCUUUGAAUAGCGCAUGCGCUUCCUUCCAGGAUGAGAAGGGCAGCAAAAAGCGCAAACAAAAGGAUGACAAAAAGGAUGAUGAGAAGGACGAAACGAACCAAGAAACGAACGAGAAGAACGACGGCGAGCAGCGCAAGAAGAAGCGCAAGGCUCACAUGGACACGAAUGCAACGGCAAAGCCGCACAAGCUCCCCUGGAAAGAUGUUCUAGCUUGCAUCGAGUUCAAGAGAAAGACGAAAGGGAUUGAAGGAACCCCCCUCUUCGGCUCCAGGCCCAGCUCCAGACCCUUCUCAGACCUCAGCAACACGAACUGCGUCCGACACUGCAUCUCGAUCUUCCGGCCUUACUGCUACCCAGCCUUCCCUGGGCGAGUCCAGCUCCAAGCGCAAGGCCACAGACACUUUGGAAUCCGCCAGCGAAAAAAUCCAAGGGGAACCACGACGACAGAGACGCUGACGCGUACGGACGUGGAUGCUGAUCUAGAUGUGACCGUUCAGACGGGUCUGUACGCCGCCGAAAUGUUUGCAGCGAAUCUUGCAGUCAACUAUCUGCUUAAUAUUAUUGUCAUCGACGAUGUCGCGUGGAUCUGGUAUUAUGAUCGACAAGGGAUCAUUCAAUGCUCAGGCAUCAACUUCAUUCAAGAUCUCCCGCGAUUCAUGGUGCUGCUGUAUGCUUUACAACGAUUCGAGCUUCACGAUUGGGGCCGAAACAAGGACCUCCUCCCGGUCCAAGUCGAUGAGAAACUAUGCCACGAAUUCAGAAUCAAGGAUGAAAAACUUGGAGAGGUGGAUUUGCUGCUUCACACCAGUCACGACGAAAGAGUGACGCACUACGGACUGCAAGGACGGGCCACCAACGUGGUCCCUGUCACUAGCGAAGCGCUCACGAAGAAAUACGGCAAGUUCGAGGAUGGGAUGGUGGCCAAGAUCUUUUGGGGAGAGGCGAGUCGCACUAGCGAGCCGGAGAUCCUGAAAAAGGUUGAGGAGAUCGCUAAGAGGCACACAACUGUCCAAGACCACGUUCUGAGCUCCUUUGGCACCACACGUUCACAAAUCCCACGUCCGCAAUGCGAGAAGCGCUUGACGUUCCGGAACCCACUACGGGCAGUCGCGUGCUCUACAUUCUUGUGUUCCGCAAGCUCUUCCCCAUCACUCAGCUUCACGACAAAGAGCUUUUCGACGUAUGGCGUCAAUGCAUCCUAUGAAGGGGUUUAUCAUCGAGACGUCAGCCCUGGAAAUCUGAUGUGGUACUGGAAAAACGGCAAGCGGAUAGGCGUUUUAAACGACUACGAUCUAUCCUCGUUGGCGGACGACCCAGGUCCUCGAGGCAACGAGCGCACAGGCACAGUGCCGUUCAUGGCGCUCGAUCUUCUCACCGAAGAGGGUCAACGAGGUGAAGUCAAACACGUAUAUCGUCAUGAUCUGGAGUCGUUCAUGUGGUGCUUCGCCUGGAUCUCCUUGCGUUAUGAGAAAGGAGUCCCUCUACGACGGAGAUUGCGCCCCUUGGAUGAAUGGGCGACUCUAGACGCUGUAACAUGUGGCGAAAAGAAGUACUAUUUUCAGGGUCAUAUGAAGAAACUUCCCGCACGCUCCCACAUAGACUCGUCUCUAUGGGCGUUCCUUGUAGACUGUUUUAAGGUGCUUAAAAGGGAUGCCGACGACCGAUACUAUCUUAGCCUUGAAUGGUCAUCGAGCUCAGGAGAAGGCAAGCAAUCCAACGCUCAGGACCCAGAUCCCGAUGCCUUUCUAUCUAGAUUUACAAGUUUAGAGGGUUGGACUAAGCUCAGCGAGCCUGAGUGA